UUUUCAUCUCUUCUCUGAUACUUGGUUUAUUAUUUUGCAAUAUUAUUUACAAUAUUAUUUAUAAUAUUAUUUAUAAUAUUGUUUACUCUAUUCUCUAUAAUAUACCCUUACACAUCUUCCACUUUCCAUCUCUUGUCUCUUUUACCUCCCCAUCCAUUCAAUCGCUUAAUCAUACAAUACUCAAUAUCUUCAAAUGUGUGGAAUUUUCGGUUACUGCAACUAUCUAGUCGAAAAAUCAAGAGGCGAAAUUCUUGAAACCCUCGUCCAAGGUCUAGAAAGAUUGGAAUAUAGAGGUUACGAUUCUGCAGGUCUCGCUGUGGAUGGUGACAACAACGACCAAUUGGUCUUCAAGGAAAUUGGCAAAGUCGUCGCCUUGAGAAACAAAAUUGACUCUGCUGACAUCAACAGAUCAAAGAUCUUUUCCAACCACGUCGGUAUUGCUCACACAAGAUGGGCCACCCAUGGUGAACCAAAACCUGUCAACUGUCAUCCCCAAAGCUCAGACCUCAAUAACGAGUUUCUUGUCGUCCACAAUGGUAUCAUAACAAACUAUAAAGAUAUCAAAAUCCUUUUGCAAGGCAAAGGCUUUGUCUUUGACAGUGAAACUGACACCGAGUGCAUUGCAAAACUAUUUAAACACAUCUACGACACAAAUCUUGCCUCCGGUAUUGAAUUGGAUUUUCACCACCUCUUCAAACAAGUCCUAUUCGAACUAGAAGGCUCGUAUGGUCUAUUAGUAAAAUCUUCUCACUACCCAGAUGAAGUCAUAGCCACUAGAAAGGGUUCUCCUCUUUUAAUCGGUGUUAAAACUGAAAGAAAAUUAAAAGUCGAUUUUGUCGAUGUAGAGUUCCCCCAAGAUGCAAAUUCAAGCACUCCUAACCCUCCUAACCCUCCACAAAGAAGAGCCCUCAACUCUCAAAAGAACUCCUCUUUAAACCUCCUCCCUGUCGUUCCUGAAAACUUGCGUCGCCAAAUCUCAAGAUCUUUUGUCAACGAUGAAGGCGAACCUCUUCCAGUCGAAUUUUUCUUAUCUUCUGAUCCUUCUUCCGUUGUCCAACACACAAAAAAAGUCUUAUUUUUAGAAGAUGACGACAUUGCCCACAUCUACGAUGGUGAACUACACAUUCACAGAGCUUCAAGGGAAAUUGGCGCCUCCGCCACCAGAUCAAUCCAAACUCUAGAAAUCGAAUUGGCUGAAAUCAUGAAAGGUCCCUACAAACACUUUAUGGCAAAGGAAAUCUUUGAACAACCGGAAUCCGCCUUCAACACAAUGAGAGGUAGAAUUGAUUUCAUUAACCACACCGUCAAAUUAGGUGGUGUCAAAUCAUGGAUCUCAACUAUCAGACGUUGCAGACGUAUCAUAAUGAUUGCCUGUGGUACUUCCUACCACUCCUGUCUAGCCACAAGAUCCACCUUUGAAGAACUAACUGAAAUCCCCGUCACCGUCGAAUUGGCCUCCGAUUUUGUCGACAGAAGAUCCCCUGUCUUUAGAGACGACACUUGCAUCUUUGUCUCCCAAUCUGGUGAAACUGCUGACACCAUGACUGCCUUGAAAUACUGCAUCGAAAAGGGUGCCUUAACUGUUGGUGUCGUCAACUCUGUCGGUUCCUCUAUCUCAAGACAAACUCACUGUGGUGUCCACAUCAAUGCUGGUCCCGAAAUCGGCGUUGCCUCAACAAAGGCCUACACCUCUCAAUACAUUGCUUUAGUCAUGAUUGCCUUAUCUCUUUCCGAUGACAGAAUAUCCGCCGUAAAUCGUCACAAAGAAAUUAUUGACGGUUUAAAAGAUAUUCCACAACAAAUUAAAAAAGUCUUGCAAUUGGAACAAAAAAUCAAAAAACUAUGCGAAACCGUUUUACAUGACCAAAGAUCUCUAUUACUACUAGGCAGAGGUGCCCAAUUUGCCUCCGCCUUAGAAGGUGCUUUGAAAAUUAAAGAAAUUUCUUACAUGCACUCUGAAGGUGUCUUGGCUGGUGAACUCAAACAUGGUGUUCUUGCUCUAGUAGACGAUAAACUUCCAAUCAUUAUCUUUGCUACAAGAGACUCCUUAUUCACUGAAGUUCAAAACGCUAUUGCUCAAGUCACUGCAAGAUCUGGUAAACCAAUUAUCAUUUGCAAUGAAGGCGACGAUCUUGUCAAAGAUGGUAACACUUCUGCUACUUUGGAAGUCCCAUUAACUGUUGAUUGUCUACAGGGCUUGCUCAACAUUAUACCUUUGCAAUUAACAAGUUAUUGGUUGGCUGUUGGAAAGGGUAUUGAUGUUGAUUUUCCUCGUAACUUGGCCAAAUCGGUUACUGUUGCCUAGGUUUUUCAAGCUUUUUUUUCUUGGUUUUUCAAUGCUUAUAUCAUGAAACCUUCCAUUUUAUUUUUUUCAUUUGUUUUGAUUAGAAUGAUUUGUUUGAUAUAAGCAUAAUAUCAAUGCUGGUUUAUUUUAUAUUUGGGCUUUAAAUAUUCUUCCUUUCAUUUUUUUUUUUUUUUUUUUUUAAAAC